AACACCCCUCCCCACGCUUCGGGAGCCCGGACCGCCCCCUUCCUCCCUUGGCCCGGCGUGUUGUGAGGGACAGUGUGAGGGAGAGGGCGCGAGCCGGCGGGCGAGCUCCGUGAGUGCGAGAGGCGGGGCCCGCGGCGGCCGGGCCGGGGGUUGCGUGUGCGCGUGGCGGUGCGAACGAGUGCGCGUCGCGACCCGCCAGCCGUCUCGAGCCCACGACCUGGGGAGCGACGACCGCCAGUCGCCGAGGGGCACUGGGCCGGCGCGCGCGCACGCACGCACGCACGCGGGGGCGGGGGCAGGCGCGCGCCCGCCUGUCGCGACUGUCGGGGCCGAGGCCCAGGGGGAGGUGGCCUGUCGCGGGUCGCCCGGCUCCCGGAGGCGAGGGGGGCGCGGGCGGAUGGCGGAAGGCGCCCAGCCGCAGCAGCCGCUUCAGCUCGGGCCCGGCGCCGCUGCCCGGGGGAUGAAGCGGGAGUCGGAGCUGGAGCUGCCGGUGCCCGGAGGCGGGGGAGACGGAGCCGAGCCCGGCCUGAGCAAGCGGCCGCGCACCGAGGAGGCGGAGGCCGCCGACGACGACGGCGGCGGGAUGCAGAACGAGCCUCUGACCCCAGGCUAUCAUGGAUUCCCAGCACGGGACAGCCAGGGUAACCAGGAGCCAACAACAACUCCUGACGCAAUGGUCCAGCCUUUCACCACCAUCCCGUUCCCACCGCCCCCGCAGAACGGAAUUCCCGCAGAGUACGGCGUGCCACACACUCAGGACUACGCCGGCCAGACCAGUGAGCAUAACCUGACCCUCUACGGAAGCACGCAGGCCCACGGGGAGCAGAGCAGCAACUCGCCCAGCACACAGAACGGAUCUCUCACGCAGACGGAAGGAGGAGCACAGACAGAUGGCCAGCAGUCACAGACGCAAAGUAGUGAAAAUUCAGAGAGUAAAUCCACCCCCAAACGGCUGCACGUCUCCAAUAUUCCUUUCCGCUUCCGGGACCCCGACCUCCGGCAGAUGUUUGGGCAGUUUGGCAAAAUCCUAGAUGUAGAAAUAAUCUUUAAUGAACGCGGCUCUAAGGGAUUCGGGUUCGUAACUUUCGAGAAUAGUGCUGAUGCAGACAGGGCCAGGGAGAAAUUACACGGCACCGUGGUAGAGGGCCGUAAAAUCGAGGUGAAUAAUGCUACAGCACGUGUAAUGACCAACAAGAAGAUGGUCACACCGUAUGCAAAUGGUUGGAAAUUGAGCCCAGUAGUUGGAGCUGUUUAUGGGCCCGAGUUAUAUGCAGCAUCCAGCUUCCAAGCAGAUGUGUCCCUAGGCAAUGAUGCAGCGGUGCCCCUGUCGGGAAGAGGGGGCAUUAACACUUACAUUCCCUUAAUCAGUCUCCCUUUAGUUCCUGGCUUUCCUUACCCAACUGCAGCCACCACGGCGGCCGCUUUCAGAGGAGCCCACCUGAGGGGCAGGGGGCGGACGGUGUAUGGUGCAGUCCGAGCGGUACCUCCAACAGCCAUUCCCGCCUAUCCAGGUGUGGUUUACCAGGACGGAUUUUACGGUGCUGACCUCUAUAUAGAAUCUGCAAACUGCUUCAGAUCCAACAGGGCGGAUACGCAGCCUACAGGUAUGCACAGCCUGCCACUGCAACCGCAGCCACCGCUGCUGCGGCCGCCGCCGCCGCCUACAGCGACGGUUAUGGCAGGGUGUACACAGCUGACCCCUAUCAUGCCCUGGCCCCUGCCGCUAGCUAUGGAGUUGGCGCUGUGGUGAGUGCGAGUUUAUACCGAGGUGGCUACAGCCGAUUUGCCCCCUACUGAAGUGACGUGAGACCCCUGCAAAUGGGACAGCCCCCAGUUCAUGAGGCCUGGCUAUUGCAAUAUUUACUAGUAGAGGAACUCUAUAGCAAGAUGAAGAGGAAAAACAAACAAACAAAACAAAACAAAAAAAAAAAACAAAAAAAGAGAGAAUACUUUUUUAUACCUCACUAUGUUCUUUGAAUAUGUAUUUUUCCUUUAAAUUUCUGCCUUUAAUUCUUUUGUUCCAAAGAUUGUGCAUUUUUUCUUUUUUUUUUUCUUUUUUUUUUUUAACUGUGGUAAAAAAAAAUGCAUUUCCAUGUCUGUAUGUCCGUGCUUAGCUUAUUCUGUCAAUCACGGAAGAGGCAGUUAAUGACGGAGGAGAGACGGUAGGAGCUGAGGAGCGCAUCUGAUCAGAAAUCAGCAGACAGAAUUACCAAAGUGCGUCUGGCGCUGCACGGCGGGGGCACGGGCAGAAGUGGAAGAGAUCUUUCUGCGACGGGAUGUUCUUCUAGUCUUCUGAGUUUCCGGUCUUUGGCAGGCAGUUCUGAUCGGCUGUGGCUGGAAUCCACACGCCGACAAGGUGAUAGGAAUGUGUGCUUGCAAAGCAGGAGAAUUAAAAAGACACUUUCCUCUCCUCUUCCCUCCUGUCUUCUCCAUUCUUUUUACAAUCAUCUUAAAACGCACAGCCUGAGAGAGUUGGCGUAGUUUUUGGAAUUAUAGUACUCAUAUUUCCAAACGUGCUCUCAGACUGGAUAAUAAACACCUCGUUAGGAAACCAGUCUCAGAAUGAACUCUGGAGUAUGAAAAAGAUUCUUUUCUUUCUUGCCAUCCUAGCAUUCCUGCCGGGCUUCUUCCCUUCUAAUUGAACCACAGCUUAGCCCAUCUAUCAUUUUAUUGACACCCUGCUCCCAUGUCCUCAAGAUUCAGGAAUUUAGGGCCCAGGGACAGAAGAAUAGCCACAGAGCCAGUGGCCAGACAGAUGUCCUCCCGCGCGUGGCUUGAGGAUGAAGGACAAAUUGUCGAGAGCCAGCGCAGAGGGUAAAGGAAAGAAAAAGGCUGUUAGGCACUCUGAUCUCCCCGCUCUCUCUCUCUCUCACCAGAAAGUCAGUACAAAGCGUAAGACAUAUUAAUAAAGACUCUUGGCACAAGAUAAAGCGCCGAGUCCUGGGCAGCUGUCCCUGGCCGCGCGGUCGCCCGGGCGUGCGAGGGCAGGCAGAGGCACUUUGUACCAGCUCCAAAGCCAUAGGAAUUCUCAUCGUCGUCCCCCCCCCCCCCCCCCCCGAGCCUUUGUGAGUCACUUCUCUCUCCGGUCUUGAGCCCUCGUGGCCACCCCACCCAGCUUCUCAUCUCCUCCAAAGACACCCCGCUGAGCUCCUGGACCGCUUGGUGCGCACGAACACUGCAGGACAUGAAGUGCGUGAAGUGCGGAGGGGCGGAGGCAGCCGGGGCAGCGAGUCACUGCUCUUGCUCCCUGGCUUCAGCUUUGCGUGUGUGACCAAGGUAGGGGAGGAGGCGUUUCUCUCCCAGCUCUUGGCUGUUGAUGAUAAAGGCCAGGGUCCUGUAGCAGUUCCAAAGUGAGGGCGUUAGGAAAUAGGAAAAGCACGGUCUGUUUGGCUCCCUGGUCUGUUCACACUGGCACUCGGGUGACCUUUCACCCAAGGGAGAGCUGGUCAAGGGAGCAGUUGAGAGACACGGAUCUUUGGCUGUGCCGUGGGUUUGGUCUGGGUCUGUUUUUCCACUCCUGCCUCCGCACGUUCUCGACGGGCUCCUGAUGCAUGCAUGUCUCUGAGUUCAGGCGGCUGGCGUGCGGCAGCACCGAGCUCUCUUUGUCAGCACAGCGCUGCCUCUGCUAGUAACGGGAGGUGCCGGCCCUGAGGCUGGGAACGGGAGGGCGCUGGAGGCCGCGGUGCAGUUCUCACUGAUUGUGGAGAGGAAUGCGUAAGACGAGGGCACCCCACUGCCCAGCCCACUGGCCACGUUUUAAGGGUUCCCCUCCCCAAGCCAAAGUUUGGUUUGUUGCUGUUAAGACAAUUUUUGUUGUAUGUAUAUAAAUAUUUUAGUUGGGGGUGGGGGAGUGGGGCUUUCACAGUUCAGAAUGGGGGCAGGGAAGAAUUUUUUUUUCUUUUGUUUUUGUUUUUGUUUUGAGGGAGAGCUUUCACUGACUAAAAAAACUGAUGGAAAUUUUGUGUCGUGUUCAAAGAGGGGCCAUUCUCACCAAAUGGCAAGGCACUCCUGGGUGGGGACAGGGCCCUGUUCUAGACCGUCGUGCCCGCAGUGGGGAGGAGAGCGAGGCGGUGAGUUCGAGCCUUCCCUUCUUCUCUGCAGGAAGCGACGAGGGUGAUGGGAAGGGGGAGAAGGCGGCUUCCACACCCCUUUCGAGGAGGCAGAAGCUUGAGCUUGAGGUAUCUCUUGUGCAUUUCCAUUCAGCUGGUUCUGGCCGAGGGUCCGGGGGCAAACGCCGUGCGUCCCGGUGGGCUUCGGCUGCACUGGCGGGUGCUGGGAGGACUGCGUCCUCCGGCCCCCUUUCCCGGGAAGGACGAAACAGAGUUCCACGUCUCCCUGAAGGGCCUUCGGUUUCCCGUGUCGGCACUGAGAACCGGGGCUCUCGGAAGGCCCUGGAUUGACGGUGUCGACCUCCCCUCUACCUUGAGCGUUGAGGCUCCGUCAGGGGCAGGUUCCUCAGAGCGUCAGUGCUCGUGGGUUCCGGACUCGGGGUCCCACUGGACUAAGCCACGGUCAGGAGAGAGUCGGGCAUCUCGUGAGUUUGUCAGAGGGCGCUGGGCGAGAAUUCCGAAACACCUACCGGUGGCCAACCGCAGCGCAGGGGUGAUUCCAGCAGCUCCUGUAGCUCCUCGUGCGAACUCUCUGUACUGAGAACCUCACUCGUAGAUAGAAGCUGGGCUCCUUCAAGGAGGCUGGAGUGGGAGGGAACCUGUAUCCGAAUUUGCCUCUUUCAGUCCAGACAGCUGCCCUUAGGUCUCUCCCAGAAUCCCUGGUGUUACACAGUGCGGCCACGGUGACCCCUGGUUCUUCAGGCACUCGGGUUGUACAGGACCCGCCCUCGCCACGACCCGUCCACAGCCACGAUCAGAAUCGGGCUGCUCUCACUUUUCCUUGAAAAAGAAGGGGGCUGGGGCUGAACUCUUAGUCUGAGGGGAGCUAGUGGAGAUCUCUUUCUUAGAAAUGAGUGAUAGCGCUAGCUUUUGCUCAAAAGUGCAACUCCUCAGGGGCUGAAACUGCUCUUAGUUUAGGUUACACUUUCCUAGAGAUACAGCAGAUGAGUCCGUGAAUCGCCAUCACCCUGAGACUAGGCACGUAGCUUCCAGACGGGAGGGAGGUGGAGGCUUGGGACGGAAGCAUCUCCAAGGGUCUGCAGGGGAAGAGCUCCAUCCCUCCCUCUUCCCUCCGGCAGGAGAACGGGGCGAGGGAGCGGCAGUCUGGAAGGCACUAGAUGUGUGAGGAGGGAAACGACACCAGACCCUCCCCUUUCCCAAGUCCAGCCGCUUCUCUGCUGCUUGCAACCCUCCGGCACAGCAGCAUGUGCAGAAUGGCAGACCCCCCACCCCCACCCCAGGUACCAGGAGGAAAGGGACUUCGGGGGGUGGGCAAGGGUUAGUGGGGUUUUAAAGGCAUACGUCACCUGUUUGCACUGUUUUAAGGUAGGAAGAAUAUAGUGGGCAAGGCGACCAUCAAGCGUGAAUUUGUGUUUUUGCUUUGUCAUGCUCUUGAACAUGUCUGACCAUCCGUAGUGCAUACCCACCCGUGAGACCUGAUUCUCUGUUGCAUAAAACACGUUUUUUUAAAUGUUACUAUCUAAAAGCCUCUUCCCUCCCUUCGCCCUCUCCUCUGUACUUCCUUCAUACUUGCUUCACUGAUCAACCAGGCAAUAGCCAUCCAAGAGCUAGAGCACGAAGCAGGGCCCCCGCCGGUCGGCUCUGGGUGUCCCGAGCCGGCGCACGCCCUCUGGCCCAGUGAGUGUGGUGGAGUCCCUGGGGCCUGACUGCAGCGGGUCCCCAAAUCCCUGAACCGCACGAGGAGCCGGGGCGGGGGGCAGUCCUGGAGUGUGGCGGUUGGCUGUAGCGGCUGAGUUCUCGUCCACGUUGCCGGCACUGUAGCCAGUUACAGUUUACUCAGGAAAACGGUCGAUCACUUCAGCCAUGGUAGUGCUGGUUGGCAGGGAUUGGUAACGGAGAGGACUGCUCAUCAGCCAACACUCACACCUUGCCUUUAAGGAGACCGCCAGCGAGGGGCGCGGGCCUCCGGCUGGCGGCCACGUGCGUGCGUGCCGGUGUGGCAGGAAGGGCUCCGCUCACGCCGGCAGGCAGGAAGGGGAACGCCGGUUCUCUUUCCUCUCCCCACCCGUGCCCCCGUUACCGACACCAGACUCCCAGGGGGCCAUGAGUUUCUGGGUUUUUUUAAGCUGUUUUUUGGUUUGGUUUUCCCCGGGGCCUGCGUGCUUUAAGCACUGCCUAGACCCCACCAAGACCCUGAGCGCGGUUGUUUCCUUGUAUUUUUCUGUUCACAGUAUUUGUGUGUGUGUGUGUGCUUGUUUUGGCAGCUCGUUUUGGCUGUAUUAUAUAUCGAGUGAUGAAUUGAUCCACUUUUCCCCCUAAGGGAUAUGAGUUGUUUUUCUUGUGUUAUGAUUCUGCUUGUGAAAGGCUGGAGCAAGCCUGGGGCCGGCCCACGGGAGCGAGGCCUGGGGAGCGCAAGAGCCGGGGCGCACACUGCCCCCGACAGGCCCCCCCGCCUGCGUCUCGGGCCCUUCGGCCCAAACCUUUGCAAGGCUGAAAACGCCACAGAACUUCUCCUCCUUCCCCCCCACCCCGCCACCUCCCCCCACAUGGCAGGGACUGAACCACCCCUACAUGCAGCAGGCAGUCUCUCCGGCCCCUCCCAUUGCCAUGGCAGACACAGGUACCUUCGGGGCGUGGGGGCAUCACAUGGGAUGCUUGUAUAAUUGACCGCCUCGCCUUCUCUCCCUCCCCGCUCCCCGGAACCACUUUCUAGGACCCCCGAGCUGCUUGCCCAGGGUCCUGUUUCCCUGCCAGCUCCAGAGAAGCACCCCAGGGCUUUGCAACAGUCUCCGGUCCCCACCCCACCCCCUCGUUAAGAAUCAUAUUGUAUAGUAGCUUUCAGACCGUACAGUAUUCAUUGGGUUACUCCUAUUAUUAUCAAGUAGCUGGAAUUGUGAAGGUCGGAGUAGUUAGAUCUUUAGCUUUUAUUCCUUAUUUUUUUGUAUUACUAUCCAUGUGUAUAAAUUAUUGAUCAUGUUGCUGGCUUUUAUAAACUCUAAGCAAAGGGAGGGCUCCGCCUCUGCCUUUGCCAAUGGUAAUGAAGCACUGUUUUUAAAUAAAAGAGAGAAACACCGUC